AUGCCUGAACUGGCUGAGAGAGAAAUAACUGUGAUCCCUGAGCUCAUACCAAUCCCACCAGCCCCGCCCAGCCCAGAGGAGGAGAGGAGAGAGAGGCGGAGGGAGAGCCCCAGGCUGGAGCCUGUCCCGUUCAGCCCUGAGGCUCCAGUGGAGAGGAGGAGGAGGAGGAGGCAGCUGGUCUUCAUCGAUGAAAACACACAGAUACCUCAGGAGGCAAUGCAGGCCCAGAUAAACGAUCCAAUGACUGAAACCAGGACUUUGGAGAAUAUUCUUAUCAGACCACCUUCUGAAGAGAGUGAUCCUAAAACCCUCCUCAGUAACCCCUGCAUGAGCCUCCCUCCAGAAAUCCUGCAGCUGUGGAAGCAGGGCGCAGUCAUCCGCCCCAUCCCUCCAUCACCACGGCGUGAGGUGCUUAGAGAGGAGGAGGCUGUUCCGGAGAGGGAGAGAGAAAGAGAGGAACCGGAGAGAGAGAUGGAGCAAGAGCUCGUCCUCAGGGAGGUUCCCAGAGAGAUGGUGGAAUCGGGCAUCUCCCAGUAUGACACUCCAGUGUCCUCUCUGGUGAUUUUGGAGAUGACUGACAGAGAAGUGUCACCGCUGGAGACUCCAGAGAUGCGACGCUCACCUGUUCUCAUGCCUGUUCGUGGUUUGGAGAUUAUUGAGGAGAGGGUUCCAGAUCGACUGAGACGGCUCCCCACUGUGGAAGAGCAAGAAGUGACAUUUCACUCUCUACUGCCCCCUGUGGCCAACCGCAGAACUGUCGCCCAGGCUUUUUGGAGGCUGCUAGAGCAGAUUGACCAGAAGGUGGUCACUGUGCGACAGGACGAGCCGUAUGGUGACAUCAUCAUCACACAGGUGCAGCAGAUGGAGGGACAGGUGGUGUGAUUUUGUUUUUUAUUGCAGAUAAAAAUGACACCAUGAAUGUAACAAUUUAAAAAUUACUGU